AUGACGUUAGACAUUAUAUGUAAUUUUCGUAAGUGCAGAAGAUCACUAUCUAGCCAAGCGUGGGUAACAACAUGUUCACAUGCUUUUUGCGUUGAACACGGAAAAAGCGAAUUUAAGCGUAACGCUGAGAAUUCAUUAACAUGUCCCGCGUGUGGAAACGAGUUACGUGAUAAGUUCGACGUAAUUCAAGCUGAUCUUAAACCAAGCGAAACAUUCAAGUCAAUUGUAUUGGCGGGUUUAAAACCAGACACUAUUAUGGAUGUUGCAAUGCGAGCAAUGUCGUUUUGGUCCUAUCAAGUAGAACAAGAAGCUUUGUAUCAAGAAAGUUUAGCUAAGCAUUCAAAAGAAAAGUUACAAUGCUUAGAAGAAAUCAAUAAUAUAAAUACACAGAAACUCAAAGCCGAGCUAGAAACUUGUAAACGAAAAAUAGCGUCACUGCAAACAGAUUUUAACAAGAAAAAGAAACAAGCAGAAGAAUUGACCGCAAAAUUAGAAGAUAAAACGAGAAAACUGCAAAAACUAACAUUUGAAUUGGAUUCACAUAAACGGAGAGAUAUUAGAACGAAUAAUUUUGAAGAAAUAAGUGUUAUUAAUCAGGAAAAGUGCAUGGAUAUAUCGGAAUUAGUUGUGAACAGAGUACCAUCUGAACCUUUUGUCUUUAGACCCAUGAAAGAAGUAGAAGAUUCGCGUAGAAUAAUGUGUUCUCCAAAAACACCAAUGUUUGAUUUUCGACAUAAAAAUAAACAACCAGCACAUUUUCAAUUCAAACCGAUACGAUCUUAAAGCCAUGAUGA